AUGUUGCAUAUCCCGGAUCCCUCCCUUUCCUCGGUCCCUCUGCUGCUUCCCCCCGGAAAGGAUCGCAGUUCCCCCGACCCCAAGUGGACCCUCCCGCCGUGCCGGGGCAGAAGAGGAAGCCUCGGUCGCCGAUCGUUGCAUACCCGCCAGACUGGUCAUAUUCUGGCUAUUUUUCUCCAGACUUUCCACCAUAUGAACCCAUUUCCGCCCCCGUGUCGUCAGUCAUCCUUUCACGCGCCGGCCCGCCGGGGAACGGGGAAAGGGGGGCGAAAUGGGUAUACAACAUCACAAAAUGGCAUGUUCGCCCGUACUUUGUUCACAGUGAGCUGUCUAAUUAUCAACAGCUGUAGAGCUUCAGAAAAGCCGGGGCGGGCCGCGGUCCACGAUCUGAUUCCGAUCGCCCGCGGAUGUCUGCUGCCCCCUUUUUUAGUUGUGUCCAUUCCUACAGGAUCUCUGCACGGCUCGCUACAUACUAGGUUCCUCAUCUCCCCAAUUGCUGGGUCGGGCCAUGGAGCAAUGGUCGAUGAUUACUCUUCGUAG